ACUACUUUGAGCUGUCCAAUGACAAAAGUACAUUUUCACCUCUCUAUUCUGUUGCAAAAUGUUGAAGAAAGUUUUCCCGUUGCAUUCAUUAUUGAACAACGAAUCAGGUUUCUCUGGGAUACUUCUGGAGAGAGGAGAGUUAGGAACAGGUUUCUCUGGGAUACUUCUGGAGAGAGGAGAGUUAGGAACAGGUUUCUCUGGGAUACUUCUGGAGAGAGGAGCGUUAGGAACAGGUUUCUCUGGGAUACUUCUGGAGAGAGGAGAGUUAGGAACAGGUUUCUCUGGGAUACUUCUGGAGAGAGGAGAGUUAGGAACAGGUUUCUCUGGGAUACUUCUGGAGAGAGGAGAGUUAGGAACAGGUUUCUCUGGGAUACUUCUGGAGAGAGGAGAGUUAGGAACAGGUUUCUCUGGGAUACUUCUGGAGAGAGGAGCGUUAGGAACAGGUUUCUCUGGGAUACUUCUGGAGAGAGGAGAGUUAGGAACAGGUUUCUCUGUGAUACUUCUGGAGAGAGGAGAGUCAGGAAUAGGUUUCUCUGGGAUACUUCUGGAGAGAGGAGAGUCAGGAACAGGUUUCUCUGGGAACAGGUUUCUCUGGGAUACUUCUGGAGAGAGGAGAGUUAGGAACAGGUUUCUCUGGGAUACUUCUGGAGAGAGGAGAGUUAGGAACAGGUUUCUCUGGGAACAGGUUUCUCUGGGAUACUUCUGGAGAGAGGAGAGAGCAGAGUCAGGAACAGGUUUCUCUGGGAUACUUCUGGAGAGGGGAGAGUUAGGAACAGGUUUCUCUGGGAUACUUCUGGAGAGAGGAGAGUUAGGAACAGGUUUCUCUGGGAUACUUCUGGAGAGAGGAGAGUUAGGAACAGGUUUCUCUGGGAACAGGUUACUCUGGGAUACUUCUGGAGAGAGGAGAGAGCAGAGUCAGGAACAGGUUUCUCUGGGAUACUUCUGGAGAGAGGAGAGUUAGGAACAGGUUUCUCUGGGAUACUUCUGGAGAGAGGAGAGUUAGGAACAGGUUUCUCUGGGAUACUUCUGGAGAGAGGAGAGUUAGGAACAGGUUUCUCUGGGAUACUUCUGGAGAGAGGAGAGUCAGGAACAGGUUUACCUGGGAUACUUCUGGAGAGAGGGAUAGUCAGGAACAGGUUUCUCUGGGAACAGGUUUCUCUGGGAUACUUCUGGAGAGGGGAGAGAGGAGAGUCAGGAAAUAGAAGAAUGGAAUUGUAGUGUUUAUUUAUGUUUAUUUUGUUUAUACUAUUACCUAGUGUAGUGGAGGACUCACUAUGGCAGAGGUCACUAUUAGUUAUAUACACUCCCUCUAUUGGGUGGAGGUCAGGGGACUGCUCAGACUACUCAGGUAAACUGAAAUUGCUGUCAUUUUCAAUUAUUUUUUUCUCCAAAAACUGUGGCUCCAAAUGGCACCCUAUUCCUUAUAUAGUGCAUGACUUUUGACCAGAGCUCUCUCUCUCUCUCUCUCUCUCUCUCUCUCUCUC